AUGGAGGAUCAGAGUAUUUCUCUCGUCCAAAAGCAGCUCUCCUCAGCUAUCGAACUGCUUCAGUCUUUCCAAAGCCAAAAAAACCUGAAUUCAAAAAAUUCCCAAUAUGAAGCUAAACUAAAACAAAUACGACAAGAAGUAAUUGAUAAAAUUAAUACCAUAAUUAAAAUAUGGCGUCUUCGUCUGGGCAUGGCCUCCCGGCCAUGCAUCCUCUCGACUCAUAUUUUAAUUAUAUCUGGCAAGGUUUUGCAUUUCAGAAAGGGACAGCAAUGCUAGGUAAGCAAUUUCUGGUGGAGUUCAGAGCCUAGCCCAAGUCUAUUUUCAGGGAUGUUUUUUCCUCAUGGGGAAGGAGGCACGUAAGUUGGAAAGGGGGAAGCUCAGCAGAGUCCGUUAGGACCAAUCGGGCAACUCCCUAGCGUGAAACUGGGCGUUACGUCCCAGGCUUCGUGUUUACCCUUUUUUUUGCCGAAAGCCUACCAGAAAAUCCAUUUUUUAUGGAUUUUCGGAAUGGCAACCCAUGUCCUCAAACGAAGUAGCUCAGUCGUGAGCCGUCGAAGUCGGCAACACCUGCGUCUAGGUGCAUUCGAUGAAGAAGCUGGUCGACCCAGAGGCCAGUCGGCUCGGUGCAUCGAGGAAGGCGGAAGCUCUGGGAUGGGCAACCCCAUAAGGGACGUUAAGCGUAUAAAUUUAAUUUAAUAGAUAGAUAGAUAAAAUUAAUACCUCACUAGUCGACACACAGAGAGAAAUGCAGGAACAAUUCAAGCAGACACUAGACGAAUUUAACUCAGAAUUCAAUAAAGUCGCAAAUGAGCUCAUAGAAGCAGAAGAAAAUGUGCUUGACCAAAAGAAAAAUUCUCUGCAAACCUGUAUUUUAUCACAAAAAGUGCACAGGAGAAGAUCAAGCCUCUUGAUAAAAAUGCUGAAAAAUGAAGACGUAAGGACAGUUUAUCAUAUUUUUAUAGCAAUUAUGCUGGUUAUGUGUAUUGGAGAAAUCAUUAGAGGGUAUAUUGAAAAUGGCGUCAUUUUAGAUUUAUCACUGUUUGCAUGGGCUUUUGCGAAGUUUCAUUUAGUAAUUAUAGGAUGGCUUUUAGAAGUAGCUUGGUGCUUAUUAGUAAUUCCUUUGGUGCAACUUAUACAUAAAAAUUAUCUGCCAAAGCUUGUGUGGAUUACAAUUUAUGUAUUUUUGCAGUUAAUAAUGUAUAUCGGGCCUUGUUAUUGGACUUUACAUUUCAGCCUUCCUAUGGCCAGUGGAUUCGUUAUUACUUGUGAAAUGGCCCGUAUGUCAAUGACGAUGCAUUCCUAUUUACGAGAAAAACUACUAUUUGGAAAUGGCCCUAACGAAUAUGCAACUUUUAUUCCUGCAAAGUUUGCUAAAAGAGGCAUUACAGUCGAAAACUUAACUAUCCCUACAAUUACUAUAGAAGACCCAUUUACUGAGCUUAAAAGAUUUCUUUUCUUCUUUUUCUCCCCUACACUAAUAUACAGAGAUACUUAUCCUAGGAUAACUCCACACAGAAGAUGGUGGAAUAUUACUUAUAAUCUCCUCAAUGUCUGUGGGACAAUGUUUUAUGUUUACUUACUCUUGCAUACCAUCUGCAUUCCUUAUUUACAAGAAUCAUGAAAUAAGCCAUGGGAAAUUAAAUUUAUGCUGACUUCUUGAUUCCAAAUUAUGCUUCCUGGAACUAUGCUUUUAGUGCUUAUGUUUUUUGGAAUUUUACAUAGUUGGCAAAACUUGUGGGCAGAAAUAAUGAGAUUUGGGGAUAGGGAAUUUUAUACUGACUGGUGGAAUGUGACGAGUUUCCAUGCUUAUUAUAGGACUUGGAAUAAUGUUGUACAUGAUUGGCUGUUUCAUUAUUUUUACCAAGAUAUUUAUAGGUUUUCAAAAGGGAAAAUUUCUCAGCUAGUGGGAUUUGUAGGAGUUUUUGUGUUUUCUGCAGUUAUUCAUGAAGUUAUAAUAGCGGUAUCUAUGGGAUUUUUUUAUCCAAUUUUAUUUAUUUUGUUUGGAGGACCUGGUGUUAUUUAUACAUUUUUUUCAAGGCAAGAGAAAAGGUUUUUGAAUGUUUUUGUAUGGUCAAUGUUCCUUAUAGGUGAUGGGCUGGUGAUCAUGCUUUAUAGCUGGGAAUAUUUUGCAAGGCAAAAACUUGAUCUCCAUCAAGACUAUGGGUUUAUGGCUGGACUUAUUCCUCACUCUUGGGUUGGAAAUUAUUAA